CACACCCACUCAAUUAAUGUUUCUUACUGUGACACAGCAUUGCCAAAAAUUUUUUAUAAAAUAGGAUGAGCUCUCGAGACGAGAUUCUGGCCAAUUUUCAGGCCUUUACCGGAAUGGACGAUCUUGGAACCUGUAUCGGAAUUCUCGAGAGUCAUAACUGGGAUUUACUGUCUGCAGUCAAUAGUAUAGUACCACAGGAUUUUAGCGACGAGUCUCAGGGACAAGAGAUAAGUGCACCAGUGCAGGAAACAGGAAACAGACAUGAAGAGGCCGAACUGGUAGAUGGUCUCCGAAACCCGUCAGACGAGGCUGUCGUCCUUGAAAACCACCUCCGCCAACACAACCACGUGACGCCCCAACAAGAGCCACAGCCAUCAACCGAAAAGAGGCGGAGUUUAGAGCACAGCUAUGAGGAGGGAGGAGGAGGAGGAGAGGGAGGGAGCUCCUGUAGCGAAGAGUAUGAUGAUGCUAGAGAAACUCUCAGUGACGAGGAGGUAGAAGGAGAUGGUGAAGCCAUUACUGAUGAUAUGUUCUUAGCAGAUGAAGAACCAAUAGCUAAAGAACCUUUAAUUCCUGAAGAUUGUGAAGAUCCAUUUGAGUGCUCCCUUUAUCUCUCGCAGAGGUUUGAGUCUCGUUAUGGUUCUCCUCACCCGAUGUUUUUCGUCGGGUCUCUCUCCGACGCUGUCAAGGAAGCCUGCGGAGCUUCCGUCUCCGAGAGACGACCAAUGUUCAUCUACUUGCACCAUGAUAAGAGCAUAUUAUCCAAUAUAUUUUGUAGUCAACUCUUGUGUUGUGAAUCAAUUGUUAGCUUUUUAAGUAUUCAUUAUCUUGUGUGGGCGUGGGACCUCACGAACGAGAAACUAAAGAGAAAAUUAUUGGACAUGGUGAGGGAGUGUUUUGGUACGCUGGUAUCAAACAAUGUAGACGACAUAAAGCCAGACCAUUUACCGGCCAUACUGAUAGUCUAUAAAUCAAAGGGACAGAUGGAAGUUAGGAACAUCAUACAAGGUCAAUCUGAUCCAGACUUACUCCUAAGCAGUUUAAUAGUAGCGCACGACCAGCAUGAACAAGUCAAGGAGACUGAUCGUAAAGAAGAGAUUGAGAGAUUAGAACGAGAAGAGAUGAAGGCACUACAGGAAGCAGCUUUUAGAGAAUCACUGAGAGCUGAUCAAGAGAAGGAGAGGUUAAAGAUGGAGGACGAGAAACUCAAGCAAGAGAAGGAAAGAGAAGAAAUUUUAGAAAAAGAAAGGAAAGAAGAGCUAAUGCGUCAAAUGGAGAACCUCAUCCCCCCAGAACCGGACGACACUCACACGAAGGUAUCGACUCUAAGACUAAGGUUCCCCGAUGGCUCCAUCCACCAGAGGCGGUUCCUCCCCUCACACACUGUGGCUAACCUAUUGAACUUUGUUGGAUCCAAAGGAUACCAAUCUGAGGAGUAUAAGCUGUUGACAUCCUUCCCUAAAAAAGAUGUAACAUCAUAUCAUCCUACUCUAACACUAGAGGAAGUUAACCUCUAUCCUCAGGAAACUCUUUUCAUUGAAGAGAGAUGAGAGUUGGAGACUUUUCUCACUCUCUCUCUCUCAUUUCUUUUCCUCUCAAGUUUAAAUUAA